GAAAUGAUCAGAUGCAAUUUUUCCACCAUGACUGAAUUUGUCCUCCAGGGAUUAACAGACCAACCAGAACUCAAACUGCCCCUUUUUCUCCUGUUUCUAGUAAUCUAUGGGAUCACUGUAGUGGGAAACCUGGGUAUAAUCCUCCUAAUUACUGUUGAUUCCAAGCUCCAAACUCCCAUGUACUUUUUUCUUGGUAAUUUGUCAUUCAUAGAUUUCGUCUAUUCCUCAGUUAUUACCCCUAAACUGUUAGGAAACUUUAUAUGGGAACAAAAUGUUAUCUCCUAUUCUGGAUGCAUGACACAGCUCUUUUUCUAUUGCACGUUUGCUAUUGCUGAGGGCUAUAUGCUGGCAGCCAUGGCAUAUGAUAGAUAUGCAGCUAUCUGUAAUCCACUGAUCUACAGUGUCACCAUGUCCCAAAAGGCAUGCAGCAUACUGGUAACAGGGGUCUAUAUCAUGGCAGCUCUUGGAGCUGUAGCCCACACUUCCUCCAUGAUCAGGCUUUCCUUCCAUGGGGAGAAUGUCAUCCACCAUUACUUCUGUGACAUAAUUCCCCUCCUACAGCUUUCCUGCUCUAGCACCUACUUUAAUGAGCUUCUGGUGACACUUAUAGGUGGAUUUAAUGUGCUGGCAACAACUGGGCCCAUAGCCAUCUCUUAUACCUUUAUACUCACCAACAUUCUUCGAAUACCCUCAAGUGAGAGCAGGUCCAAAGCUUUUAGUACCUGUGGCUCUCAUUUGACAGCUGUUGGGGUCUUCUACGGAUCCAUCAUGUUUAUGUAUUUCAAGCCAACAUCCAGCCACAGCAGGGUCCAGGAGAAGGUGGCCUCUGUGUUCUAUACCGCGGUGAUCCCUAUGCUGAAUCCCUUGAUCUACAGCUUAAGGAAUAAGGAUGUAAAAUAUGUUCUAAGCAAAGUAAUGAGAAAGAGAUGUGGUCUACCCCAGAGUUAA